AUGGGUACAAAAAUAUUGAAUGAUAUUCACAGUGAUAUGAAACAAUUAAUAACAGCAAUUACUUCCUUUGAGGAAAAUGAAGAAGGAUUUCGAAUUUGUGAACGAUUCUGUAUGACAAAUAUUAAAUAUCACCGAUAUUUAUCUGUUGACAGUAAUAGUACAAAAGAAGCUAUUAAAGCUCUGAUUAUAAAGUUUUCAAUCCAUGGAAAAUAUGACGUAGCAAAAAAAUUUGAGGAACUUGUUGAUACAUUUUUAUUAAGUUUUAAUUUUGAACAACAUCCACAAUAUGAUUUACAGUGGCAUCUAUUAACUCUAUUAUUGGAAUUAGCUAAGGAAACUUGUAAAUCUGAUUUAGAGUCUUUAAAAUUGACACGUGGAGAAUGUACUUUCAAUAUAACAGGUGAAAAUGAAAGUGAAGUGACUGAGGAAAUUGAUUGGUCUGAAUAUUUAAAAGAGGGUCAAGAAGAUUUUUUCAAUGAUUAUAAGAGUGAUACAGAUAGUGAAUGGACUGAUGAUACAGAAGACACUGUGGAUAUAUGUACAAACUUUGAAACACCUAUAAAUGUUACAGAUUCAAAUAAAGCAAUAUGCAUAUCAUCUGUUGACAAAGAACUAAAUAAAUUAUCUUUAGUCCUGAAUGAAGAACUUAAGUCUAAAAAUUGGUUAUUGUCAAAUGUUCAAAACACUUGGUGGAAUGAAUUAGAAUGGCGAAAAUAUCCAGUAAAAAGUAGAUUUUGUGAUGCUCAUCUUUGUGAAAUUUGGCAUAAAGCAAAUGGUAGAGAUUUUUAUGCAUUGGGGACACUCAGCGAGUAUCUAGUAUGUAGGGAAUUAUUAUGGAUGUUUUAUGCUCCAAUGCAAAUGGUAGUAUUUCGACAGAAUGAAGAAACAGAAUUUUCUAUUUGUCCUGAUAUAUCUAUACCUAGUUUAACUACUGCUGCAUUUAAUAAUAUUCUUUCACCAUUUUGUAAGUAUUUCUCAAUGAUAUAUGACAUAGAACAAUUUGGAAUUAGAUUAUAUUCAGAGCAUGAUGAUUUUUGUAAAAAACCACCUUUGACAUAUGAAACAUAUAAUGCCAUUCUGAGGCAACAUUUGAUGAAUUUUAAAAAGGAAAUAAUUGAUAUAGAAAAAAGUCUUAUGAAACAAGAUAGCAACCUUACAUUUUUGUCUUUAUCGUCAAGUUUAAAAAAACAUUUAUAUAGUGUAAAAAUUUUAUAUGAAAUUCAUAAAAAGUCUAUAUCUAAUUGGAAACUUUAUCCAAAUUGGAAAUGUGCAUCUAAACUAUUAUCGUCAUUGUAUUUUGAAAUACAAAAUUCACACAAUCCAGAAAGAACAAAUAUUUGUAUCAGUUUAUAUUUAUCUAGUCUUACUGUUUAUUUAAAUAUAAUUGACACAUGGUUAAGUGAGGGUCGAUUUGAAGAUUGGAGAGAAGAAUUUAUAAUCACAAGGUUAUCAAAUAAUGUAGUUUCAGAAAAUAGCUCACAAUAUGAAACAUUUUCAUUGAGAUCUUUAGAUAGUAUAUGUUUAGCAGAUCCAAUUAUGCAAUUCUUAAUAAAAAAGGUACAAUAUAUCGGACAGAGCAUUGAAUUGUUAAUAUCUUUGGAUAGAGUUACAGAUAUAUGGAAAAUUAAUAUUAGGGAUAGAGAAUUGACAAAAUCUUUAGUUGAUGAAUUUUACACUAAAUUAGAAACAGAGAUUUCUAAAUAUGAUAUCAAUGAACAACAAGAAGAAGAAAAGGUAUCUUCACCUGAGAAAGAAGAAAUUAUAGAAAAUGAAUAUGAUGAAGAUAUGAAAAAAAAUAUCAUAAAACAAUUAACUGAAUUUAAUAAUCCGUUUUUAUUAAAAGCAUUUGAAGAUUAUAACAGUGCUGGUGUUUCCAAAAUUCAAGAUAUCAAAGUAGAAACUAGUAUUUUCAAAAAGUUUGAAAGAAUAUCAAAUUAUAUAUUACCAUUUAGAAAAAUAUUAGAAAAUAUUUUAGCAGAAAUUUUGGUUUCACGAUAUAAUGGCGCCAGUAAAUUAGUUAAAAAUAUUAUGUCUGAAGAAUAUAAAUUAGAAUUACAUUUAAUGUUAAUGAGAUCUGUUUAUAUGAUGGAAGCAGGUCAUAUCAUGAAUAAAUUUUACCAAAGAUUGUUCCAUGAGAUUGAAACUAAUCAAAUGUGGAAUAAUUCAUACUUUUUGUCAUGUAUACUUGAAGAAAUCCUUUCUCAAUGGUGGUCAGAUUCAAGUUCGCGAUGGUCUGUUACAGUUUCUAAUACUUAUACAAAUCAAGUAUUAAUGGCUAUUGACAAUAUAACAUUACAUUAUGCAAUAGGAUGGCCUAUAAAUAUUGUAUUAAACGAAAAGACUUUUAUAAAAUAUAAUGAAAUAUUUAGAUUUCAAUUAAAAUUAAAAUGGGCUUUGUGGACAUUAAAUAAUUUAAGAUUUAGUGAUUUAGAAGGUUCAAGAUCAAUGUAUAAAAAGAACAAAUUAGAACAGUUUCAUAUAAGACGUAUUGAAAGUUUACGAUUCUGUUUGUUACAUGCAAUUACUUCUGUACAUACUUAUUUAUCAGGUCAAGUAUUACAAAAUUUAAGUCUUGUAUUAGAGAAAUCUUUGAUACAAGCUGAAAGUUUAGACACAAUUAUAUCAGUUCAUAAUGAAUACUUAAAAAAAGUACAUGAACAUUGUUUACUAACUACAGAGUAUGAAGAUUUAAUGGCAACAAUAAAUAAUUUAAUUGAAAUGUGCAAUCAUAUUCGAGUUCGAUGGGAUUAUAAAAAAUUAACAUUUGCUAGCGAAGAAUUAGAUGUGUUAGAAAGCAGUUAUAACAAAUAUCACACAUACCUUGCUUUAGCUUUACAUAAUGCAGUUCAGAAUAAGGAUGCAAAUUAUUUGACUGGCUUAAGCUCUGCAUUUAACUGCAAUAUGUCGUAUGUUUAACAUUGAUA